AGUGCAGACAGACCGAUUGCUAUCUUGCUUGACACUCAUCAUCUCAUACCCUUUCAAAAAGAUGAUUCGUAUCGCUAGACCAAGAAAUGCUCGUUCAAAACGUGCUUUAGAGAAAAGAGACGCAAAAGAAUACGAAAAUGCAAAGACGGCACUGUUUGUACGUGGUCCUCAUUCUUCCGAUAAAGUGGCAUUGGCAUUAAGGGAAUUUUCACUCUUGAAAAAACCUCAUUCGAUUCCAUUCAAUAAGAAAAAUGAUGUUGUACCAUUUGAAGAUUCUGCAAGCUUAGAAUUUUGGGGAAAGAAGAACGAUGCAAGUCUAUUCUUAUUGGCAAAUCAUCAGAAGAAACGACCGCAUAAUCUUACUUGGGCAAGAUUGUUUGAUGGAAAUGUGUUGGAUAUGUAUGAGAUGGGAAUCAUUUCUGCAAAAGGACACGAAGAUUUUAAAGCGAAACACUCACCAUCCGUUGGAGCAAGACCCAUGUUUCACUUUUCAGGACCUCAUUUCGCUGCAGAUGGUGAUGUGAAUUCUUCGGCAGCCGCAAUGUCUGUCAGCACGCCUGGUGUAUCACAAUCUUUCCAACACAUCAAGAGCUUGUUCUUGGAUUUCUACAGAGGUGAAGAGAUGGCUCCAGGAAGUGGACCAGGAAGCAAUCCCGGACAAGCAGGUAUGCAAGUUGCACUAAAAGGUGGUUUGCAACACAUUAUUAGCAUUACUGAGGCACCAUUUGAUGGGGAAGAAGUGAACGGAAGUGCAACAAAAUCUUCAACUGUUGAUGAUCUUGCAGAUUUGUACAAAAUGGGUGCACAAAAAGAACAAUCUUCUUCAAGUGCAUUAAUUGAUACUUCAGCAAAUGGAAGGAUGAUUCACCUUCGUGUUUAUGCCGUUAUUCCAACAUCCUCAAACACUACAGAUAAACCAACACAAGAUCUUCCAGUCACAGCAUCCACACCUGCUUCUUCUCUUGCUAAUGUUCGGUUGGAGGAAAUCGGACCGUCUUUCGAUCUCGUUCUACGAAGACGUCAAAUGCCAAGUAUGGAUAAAUUACAAGCAAGUCUACGCAGACCAAAGACCCAGGCUCAAAAGACACGACAAGGAAAGGGAACAAAGAAGAAUAUCGAAACGGAUGAUAUGGGUGAUACCGUUGGACGUGUUCAUGUUGGCAAACAAGAUUUGAGUAAAUUACAAACACGUAAGAUGAAAGGUCUUAAACGGAAUCGCACCGAUCAAACCAAUGAUGACGAUAAUAUGGUUUCUGAUGAUGGUGAAGAAUUGGAAUUUGAAAGUGCAGAAGAUGAAGAUGAAGAUUCUGGAAAAAGGCAGCGCAAGUAAUCAUUUUUGGGUUGAAUUUGCAUUCAUUUUUGUACAAUAGCAAUAGUGGUGAUGUAGAAUGUGAUAUAUAUUACAUGAAUAAAGUUCGUUACUUAUGAUUUUAUAUCCCAAAAGAAGGGGGAGCUGAA